AUGGCUGCCAGCGGUACCCCAACCCAUCACCUCGACUGCAAGGAAGACUUUUCCAACGCCAAUGAGGGCAAAGCUUCGACCGCGAAGACGUCAUCAGAGGUCCAAAUCGAGGAUGCCACCCACGAUCAAGAGGGCAAUCUUGUCUACAGUGAUCCGGACGUUGAACCGGAGAUCCACUGGCGGACCUGGGUCGCAUUCUUCGCCGUGACGCUGCUCAACUUUACCUACUCGCAAACUACCGCUGGCGUACCCGUCGCAUUGAGUUUUAUCGCCGCCGACGUCAACUUAACCGCAGAUGCAGCCUGGAUUGCCAAUGCGCCGUCUAUUGCAAACGCAGUGCUGUCGCCCAUCUUUUCGGUUGCUUCAGACACAUUUCAGGCUAGGAAGGGUAUCAUGGUCGGUGCCUGCUUGACAGCAUUCGUCGGAUCUGCGAUUGGAGCUGGAGCCAACAGCCUCUGGCGGCUGGUUUUCUCCCAGACGCUUCAAGGCGUAGGUGUCGCGAUCGUUUCAGUCGUCUAUACCGUCCCCGCCGAGAUCUUACCUAGAAGAUGGCGACCCAUGGCUCAAGCUUCCCUCUUGGGCGGCUCUGCCAUAUCUUGUAUGGUUGCACCCCUCAGUCUUGGUGGACUUAUCAAGCAUCAGCCUCACGGCGGCUGGCGAAACUAUUUCUGGAUCCAAACCGCCCUCUGGGGGUUGUCUACGGUGACACUCUUUGUUGGCUACCGACCACCGAAGCGCCACACACGAUAUCAAAAUUAUUCCCUGUGGCAGAAAGUGUUGACCCUCGAUCUUACCGGCUUCUUUCUCUUCACGGCCGGCCUGACAUUACUCCUCGCGUCAAUCAGUGUCGGCGCCGGCAGCUUCGCGUGGAGCAGUGCCAAUUUUCUCGCCCCGUUCUUGGCCAGCAUCGCUGUGUUAGCCGCUCUGGGGGUCUGGGAGUGGAAGGGGACCUCCACCGGGAUGUUUCAUCACGAUAUCUUCUCGUCGGUCAACCUGAGUGGUAGACGCUUCAUCCUCUCGGCGUUACUGAUCGCUUUUGAAGGGCUCUUACUGUUCAGUAUUGUCGUCUUUGUGCCGAUGUUGUCUGCAGUCUUCUCAUCGGAUCCAUUCAUCAUUACUGCCCGAAUUGUGCCAUUCUAUUUUUGUGCGUCUGUCUCGGCUUUCAUCUAUGGCUAUAUUGGCACCAAAUUCAGGACCGUCCGAUGGCCCCUCAUGUUCGGAUUCCUCAUGUAUGCUGCCGGCAUCGGAGCUUUGAUAUCUGUUCGCCCGAAUAACUCUACCAACGCAUUGAUCUUUUCUGGACUUGCGGGACUUGGGCUUGGAGCACCACUCGCUCUUCUUUUUGUCUCAGUACAGCUUGCCGUCCCACACCAUGUCCUGGCAACGGCGACCGCGUUGGUUGCAUCCGCAAGGGCCAUCGGGAUCUCCAUAUCCACCGCUGUUUUUACCGUCGUACUCAGCAAAGUAACGGCAUCCAAGGUAGCAGCUUGGGUCCCAGACGCUGCCGUCGCAGCGGGCGUUCCGGCUGCCGAACUUUCCGCUUUUGUCACAGCCAUCGCAUCCAGCGAUCCUGAUGUGAGCAAUAUCCCAGGAGUCACUGCCACCAUGAUUCAAGCGGGCGUCAUGGCGAUGAAGAACGCCACCUGUGACGCUUUACAUGUGGUGUUUGCUAUUGCGCUGCCCUUCGGGUUGAUAUCGGUCCCUAUCGCCUACUUCCUGGGUAGCUACAAGGACUCCAUGAACUAUAUUGUGGAAGCUCCGAUGGAAGAGCUACAUGCAAAACGCGGCCAGGGAAAACUUGCCGAGGAUUGA